UACCGUUCUUGAAUGCCCCAUGCUCCAACCCGUUGCGAAAUGCGCGGAUCUGGGUGACAAGCUAGAUACUAACUAGCUAUUCCUCUCUAUCACACGGGCUCAAUCAACUCUAUUCUGUCACUGCUGAUAGUGGCAUCUGUGUAGCGGUUGCUUUUGAACGUUUGUUUGGAGUUUCCUAGCUAGCUAGUUUCAAAUGAACCUUAUUUAGCUAUGAGCUAACGUUAGCUAGGUUGCAAGUUAGCUUGAGUUGGUGCAGUGCAGUUUGGGAAGGAAGAAGCAGAUACGCGACAGCUUAAGGACAAAUAUAAGUUAACGUUACCUGUCUGACACGUGUGAUGGAGGCCCCACCAGUCUCAGUGCUGCCCAUCACGGGGGGCACUAUCAACAUGAUGGAGUACCUGCUGCAAGGCAGCGUCUUGGACCAGGCCCUCGAAAGCCUAUUGCACCGCCUCCGGGGCCUUUGUGACAACAUGGAACCCGAGACGUUCGCCGACCAUGAGCUGGUCUACCUCCUGAAGGGCCAGCAGGGCAACCCAUUCCUGCUACGUGCCCGCCGCUCCCUCUCCCACCCAACAGUUCCCUGGCACCUGCGCUACCUGGGCCAGCCGGAGGUGGGUGACAAGUCCCGCCACGCGCUGGUUCGCAACUGUGUGGAUGUGGCCACCUCGCACAGCCUGCCCGACUUCCUCAACGAAAUGGGCUUCCGCAUGGACCACGAGUUCGUAGCCAAGGGCCACAUUUUCCGUAGAGGCGUGCUCAAAGUGGUGGUGAGUAAACUGUCACGCAUCCUGGUCCCUGGGAAUACAGAGAACACUGAGCCGCUGUCACUCUCCUACCUGGUGGAGCUCAGUGUGUUGGCCCCCGCGGGCCAGGAUACCAUGUCGGAGGACAUGCGCAGCUUCGCUGAGCAGCUCAAGCCCCUAGUUCACCUGGAGAAGAUUGACCCCAAGAGACACAUGUAAGAAGGGGUGUGUUAAGAUGUUGUAAGUGGCUAUUGGCAGUCAUGGACAAAGUGGAGUUUUUAUUAAAAUAUAUUUUUGGGGACUUAAUUUUGUAUGAUUCCUAUAAGAAAGUGCUUUCCCACAGUCCUUUGUCUCUGUGAAGGAACUCUAUAUCUCACCAUCUGCCAUUAGGAUGUUAGUAGUGUUUGAAAAGGACUUCACAAGAGGAUUGACAUAGCCAACAUGGACGAUGUGACAAAUGAGGCUUUGAAUGAGUCAAUAAAUAACAAUAUCUAUUCAGUGUUGAACAUUGGUUUUGUUUGAUGCUGAUAGUGCUUUGUUCUGUGUUGGAUAUGUUUCCAGAAAUGCACAGCUAUAGUGUUUAUUAAACAUGAUUUUUCUCAA